GACAAAAACCAACCCAACAUGUGUUGUUGUUUUAUUCUAUUCGUUUAAAAAGACAUUUUGUGUGAAGUGGGUGAGAUGUGAAACCAGUCCUACAGGGCUGUUGAGUGGUGUGUCCCUGAUCUGUCUUUCCAGUUUUACUGCUAGUGACUCAGUGAAAAUGUUAUUCCAACGAGUUGUCCGAUUCAACUCGGCCAGGAUGUCAUAAAGUGCGAGAUAAAAAAUACUUUAUUUUGUUCUUACUUAUUGCCGUCUGUAAAGUUCACCAGCCAACUGUAUGGGUCUAGGUAUUUUAAAAACGAGCUUGGUGUCGCUUUAGAGAAAACUCGAUGACAUGACGUCAGACGUAUGGCGUCCGACGCACCUUUAAUUUUAAGCAAGUGUGGAGCUGAAACCUCAGAGUCGUAGAUAGUGUCGGCUACGGAAAAACCGACAACAUGAGCAAAAGUAAGAAUAAAAGCGAUAAAACGACUGAAAAGGCUUUGGCCGCAGAGAAGGAGCAGUUUGGAAAACAACAGCUUCACAGCAUCAGCAAAACUCUCACUUCCGCUGAGACACCGCCGAAGGAGAAGUAUGUACGCAAUAUUAUUAUGGGGAGUCAUAAAGAGGGUGGAGCUACCACCUUUUGGUCCUACACCCUCAACCUGCCAUUCUCCAGCAACUCUAUGGUCAGCUGGAAGUUCUGUUACCUGCUGCACAAACUGCUCAGGGAUGGACACAGGAAUACUGUUUCAGAUUCAUACAGACACACUCAUGUGGUGAAGGAGAUGGGCAUCCUUUGGGGAAACUUGCACGACCGAUAUGGCCACAUUGUUGCCUUGUCUGCCAAAUAUCUUUGUCUCAAACUGGAGUUCCAUGCAAAGCACAAAGUGAUCCCAGGGAACCUGGAAGCCAGUGACGAGACACUGGACAGGGAGGCGGGAACUGACCAGACUAAAGUGUUGGACAUGACAAAUGCCCUGUUGGAUUACAUGGAUGCUGGACUGAAGAUGUCUGAGACAGUUCUACGUCAGCUUGAUGCCAAUGGGGCCAAAUCUACAACUUCAGCUGGACAGUGCAGACUGACACCUCUGAUCCCACUAAUCCUGGACUGCAGCUUUCUGUACCACUUCUCUGUCCUCCUGAUGUUUAAACUUCACAGCCGUAUUCCCCCGGAUAUUCUCCUCGGACAUCGAGAGCGCUUCCGUGAUCUUUUUAACAGCCUCACGCAGUUCUUCAACAGAGCCAGGGAGAUGGAGUUCUUCAAAAGUAUCAUCAGGAUUCCAGAUCUUCCAGACGAGCCACCAAACUUUCUCCGAGCUGCAGCUUUUGGGGAGUAUAAAAAGCCAGUGGUGGUGGUUCCAAAUGAUGAGAAUCAGGAGGAGGAGGAGGUGGAGCUACAGCAGGAGUUCAGAGAAAUGCCACAGAUGGUGCAGUAUUACAUGCUCAGCCAGAUGGGGGCGCCUGAGGCUCCACAGGAGCAGAAAGAGUCAGAGAAUGAGAUCAUGAAGAAGGAGCUGCAGGCCCUUAAACCAGAGCUGAAGCACAUUAAGAAUGAGGCUCAGAGAUGUGUGACUGAGUUAAAGACUCAGGUAAAUCGUUUAGAAGCAGAACUGGAGGAGCAGCGGACUCACAAACAGGUGGCGAUGGUGGAAAACGAACACCUGAGGAUGGAAGUGGGGGCUUUGCGGACUGCAAAUGUGGCCAAUGUCGGGGCACAGAUUGGAUUUAAGGAAGCUGAUAGCAGAGCCCAGGCAGCCGAGCUUCGUUUUAUGCAACUCAAAGAGAGGCACGCAGAACUGGUCACCAGCCACGCCGACUUGAUGAAGAAGAAUGCAGAAACAGUCAAGGCCCUGACCACCACGAAAUAUAACCAAGAUGACUUACUGAGAGCCAAGCAACAGCUGCAGAGUGAUCUGAACAACCUGCAGCAGGAGAAGCUAAACACAGCAAAUAAUUAUCAAAAGGAAGCCGACCGACUAAAUAAGGAACUAUUAGAGCAAAGAGCAGAGAUGGCCUUCCUUCGCAGUGCUCUGGAAAAUAAGGAGAAGGAGGGCUCUCAGGUGAGCAGCAGCCUGGCAGCUCUGCAGGCAGAACGAGACGUGAUCCUGCGUUCUUCCAGAGAGAAGGAGGCUGAGCUGUCCUCUCUGAGGCAGCAGACACAGCAGCAGCAGGGCUCCCUGGACCUGGAGAGGGAUCGAUACAACAGAGAGCUGGAGGCGCUGAGAGCUCAGCUGCAGCAACAGCUCACCAUCAAUGCAGAACAAAAGUUGGAGAUUGACAGGCUGAGGCGGGAGCUGGACACGACCAGAGGAGAAUUGGCUCGAGCAAACAGCGCCCUGCAGAGCAGGGAAAUGAGUGGUACUCAGAUGAACAACACACUUGCAGGCCUGCAGGUAGAGAAGGAAGGGUUGCUGCGGGCAGUGAGGGAACAGGAGGCGGAGCUGGUCUCCCUCAGACAACAGGCUCAGCUGCACCAGAGUUCACUGGAGCACGAGAGGCAACGGAGCAACAUGGAGCUGGGAAGCUUACAUGCCCAGUUACAGCAACAGGCCUGCCGUGAAGGUGACCUGGCUCAGAAGCUGCAGGAGGAACAGUUCUCUCUGCUCCAGUGUGCUGUGGUGGAGGCUGAAGGGAUCAUACUGGACGCUGUGGCUAAGCUGGAUGACCCCAUUCACGUCCGCUGCAUCAGCUCACCUGAAUAUUUAGAGAAUCGAGCAGAAAUCACUCUGGGUUCUAUAGACAAGAUGCAGCAGAGCCACUUAGUCUACAUGGGAAACAGAAACGAUGCCAGCGGUUUGUUAAGAUCAGUCACACAGUUUUCCCAUCUUGCCGCUGAUACGAUUGUAAACGGAGCAGCAACAUCACACUCUGCCCCCACCGACCAAGCAGACCGUUUGACCGACAGCUGUCGGGACUGUGCCAACAACUGCCUUCAGUUUUUGAGAGACCUGAAGCUUCAGUCCAGUUUACAGAGAGCAGACCCGUCUGCGAUUCGCUACACUAUUCAACGCAUCCUGGCUUUAGGACAAGAUCUGAAACCCAAAGGUCAGGAUGUUCUCAAAGAAGAGCUGGGAAACAUGGUGGACAGAGAGAUGAUCGCAACAUCCACGGCCAUUGAAGAGGCCGUGCUGCGAAUGGAUGAAAUCUUGAGUCAGGCCAAGAGAGACACUUCAGGUGUGAAGCUGGAGGUCAACCAGAGUAUUUUAGGCUCCUGCUCAGAUCUGAUGAAGGCUGUUCAUAUGCUGGUGACGGCUGCAACUGACCUCCAAAAGGACAUUGUAGAAGGAAGCAGAGGGGCAGCAUCUGUCACCGACUUUUAUGCCAAAAACUCUCGUUGGACCGAGGGGCUCAUCUCUGCCUCUAAAGCUGUGGGCUGGGGUGCCACACAACUGUUAGACUCUGCUGACAAGGUGGUGGGUGACAACGGCACGUAUGAGGAGCUCAUCGCCUGCUCACAUGAGAUCGCUGCCAGCACUGCACAGCUGGUCGCUGCCUCCAAGGUCAAGGCCGAUCGCAACAAUAAAAAGCUGAACGUACUGCAGCAGGCUUCCCGACAUGUGAAUGACAUGGCUGCUGUGGUCGUCACCUCUACCAAACAUGGGCAGAGCCAGAUAUCUGACCAUGGUAUGAUGGAUUUCUCUGGAAUGUCUCUGAUCAAGCUGAAAAGGGAAGAAAUGGAAGCUCAGGUGAAGGUGCUGCAACUGGAGAGCCAGUUGGAGCAGGAGCGAGUGCGCCUGGGAGAGCUCAGGAAGAGACACUACAACAUCAACGCCUCAGAAGCUGAAACUGAUACACAGGAUUCUUCUGAUUACUUCCCACCUCCACCUCCACCCUCACUGCUUGAUUCAACGCCAGUGCCUCCAUCCUUUUCACAAACCCAGCCUUACCUGAACACUCAGAGCCUGGGGAAUAACACUAAUCCAUUUGCAACAACUCAAGCACAGCCCUACUCACUGCCUCAGUCCUACACACCAACCAACACCUACAGUCAGGCUCAGUCGUACACUCCCCCUCAGUCCUUCACACAGUCACAAAGCUACACUCCAGCUCAAAGCUACACACCAUCUCAACCUUACACACCCUCCACGUCCUACCCACCCUCCCAGCCCUACAUCCCACCUCAUUCUUUUACUUCAAACACAAACCAGAGCUUCUCCAAGCCUCAGUCUUACUCGCCAGCAGUGCCCUCAUCACACACAUCACUUCCUCCCACAGCAGCUCAGCCUCAGGCAGCCACACAGAGCAGCACAGAAACCACCAAAACAGGCUUCAGGAAGUCAAAUAUCUUCACCAAAUCUGGGAACUUGCUGAAGAAUGCGUUCAAACGUGGUGAAACUGGAGCAGGGGAAUCAUGAAGAGUGACUGAAAACAGGGUUGUACUUUCACAUUAUAUGCUCAUUAUAAGUCACUAAACUCUGUUUGACCUUGGCUUGAAGUAAAACACUGAUUGCUCUUAACAAUCAAAUGAGACCCUAAUAUUAUAUAUAUUGUUUUUUCACUGUCUAUUUGAUUAAUCUUUAUUAUUAAUUAAUGUUGGAUGUUGUAAAAAGGACAUUUUUAAAACACAUUUAAAAA